AUGGUACUCGGAAUGAUUAACGGACUCGAGAUUGUCUCGCUUAUCGAUGUCUCCAUCGACAUCAUAAAAUUAAUCAGUGAGCUUCACGACGCAAUCAAGUCGUUCGAGGGACUUCCAAAGGCAUUCCAACACGUCAACGAGCAGCUCCCCCUGGUGCUGGACACGCUCACGCGCGCCAAGGAGAGAGUCCCCCAGCUUGAGGCCACGACGAGAGUCUUUGUCAAGGAGAAACUGCAACAAUGCGAGAAGAAGGCCUCGGAGCUCCUGGAAAUAUUCAAAUAUCUCAAGGAGACCCAGGGAAACUCAAUCAUGAAUGUAUACAAGCGAGUGGUGAAAACAAUUGGAAAACGCGGCCGAGUCGAAGACCUGAUGAAGGACAUCUUAUCAAGCGUCAAGGAGCUCUCGGAGAACCAGGUAUUUCAACUUGCAGGUCAAGUCGACAAGUUGCAAAAUGCCCUCGACACCUUGGCCCAGGUGAUCCCGUCCCUCGCGGACAGCGAGAUGGAGUCGAUGAAUGGAGGCACAAACCCUGAGCAAUUUGGCGACAACAACGUACAGAACUGGUCGGUUGGGGAUGGAGAUGCCUGGAACGUGACAGGCGUUGUCAACAGAGGGCAGAACUUCAAUCAGAGCAACCACUACGGCAACAUGAUCAAUACCACUGUGGCCAAAGAUCCAUGGGCGUGGCUCUUGGAUAAUCUUUCAUUCAAAGAUUGGCUGAAGCCAGGCUUCUGGAAGAAAGUGUUCUGGCUCUUCGGCGAGCCUGGAUUUGGGAAAUCUGCCCUCUGCGUCCACGCAAUUGAGGCCUCGGAAAAGCUUUUUAGAGACCGUAGCUCGCGCUCAGACCCAGCGGCGUUCUACUUCUACGACUACGGCGAGGAGCCUGAAAAUGACACAACAGUGUACCUCAAUCUGGCUGACAGCCUGUUCCGCCAGAAAUAUGCCUUCGGGGACCAGGUUUCAGACAAAAUCUUUGCAUUUGCAGGGAGUCGGGCGACCGGACCUUUGCUCAAGGAGUUCAUCAAAGCCAUCAUCGAGGAGCUCCAGGUUGCCUACAUCUUUCUUGAUGGCCUGGACGAGGUCUUACAUGACUCCCUAAGGGCCAAUCGUGCCCUCCAGACACUGAAUUUCUGCCUCAGCCUGACUGAACAGAAGGAGUUCGAUGUCAAGGUCUGGUGUAGCUCGCAGGACCGGGUCAAAAUUCGCACGGCCAUUGAAAAGUAUAAUGCUGGCUUCUGGCUACACCUCACUGGCGAAGAAAACGCGCCUGACAUCGAGAUUCUCGUCAGGACAUCGGCUGAGCAGAUGCAGAAGGACGGCCCGGAUGGCAUGAAAUUGCGGCAUUUGCACGAAGUGAUGCACACCAUCAAGGGGAACUUUCUCUGGGCCAGUCUGGCCGUGGAUUCGAUCGUGCAAGCCGGGCCCAAUUAUCUAUACACCUCCUUUUAUUAA